CUCAAAACCUAACAGCAGUGUCACAUUCUAUCUAGCACUAUCAGAUGCAUUGCAAUGACUGUCGCCAAGUUCUACAUCUUCAUCGCAAGGAAGUCCUCAGAGAACACCGAUUUCUGCGAACACGGACAAGCCAGCGUUCAAGAAAGCGCUAUGUCUCAGUGAUGCGGCGGUUUUCACCUCGAUUUGCGUCUCUCCAAACUCAAGCUGAUCUGCUUCAAUCCUUUCUGAGUCACCAAGGGCCCUCAAGAUGCUCGCGAUCUGACAGAGAUGCAGGCAUGGUCGAUGCAUCACCGGAAGCGCUCUGCACACUGACCGGUGUGCUGCAUACCUGUGGUGUGACUCCCCUCGCCUUGAGUUCGUCCUCGGAUGCCUCUCCCAGUGUGCCGACGAGAUCCAGCACCUUGUAGAUCUCACCCAUCAUCUUGAGCCUGCCGCUGUCCAGCACCAAGUCGCCCUUCUCGGCCUUGCCCUUGACCGUUGCAGCACUCACGCCGGCUGGCAUGAACCCCCACUUCUCGUACUGCAGACAACGGCAACAAAACAGACGAUUUGAGACAAGACGGCCGCGUGACGUGCUGGUCUCACGUUGCUGAGCGCAGCAUCCCUCUCGCCAGCAGGCAGGAUGUUGAGGUAUGUGGCCAGGAAGUCUGUCUCCAUGGAGGCCUCGAUCUCUUCCUCCACCUUGGGGUCCAUGUCCUUGCCCACCAUGCUGUUGACGACUGCUAUGUCGUCAGGUCUGAUCGGCACGCCCUCAGGGGCGCCCUCGAGAAGCGACAGCAUUUUCUGAACAGAGGCAAUGGGAAGGCAAGGCACAGCCGGGUGGGGGCGAUACUAUUUCCAAGCGUUGCAUCCACAUACCUGGAUGGUGCCCGCGGAUGACUUCUUCUCGUUGAUGAAGGAGUCCACAGUGCUGUCCUGAUCAGCGCUGCCCACCAUCGCCUUCAAACUGGUCAGCAGUUGCGGCACAGCGGCAUCGAUCUUGUCCUUGAGUCCUAUGCUUGCGUCCGUCUCGGUCAAGACCUCCUUGAUGGCUGCAUCCAAACCGGCCUUGUCAGCAGUAAGCGCCUCUAGGGACGCGAUGUAGGACGAGAGCUGGCCCAUUGUGGCGCUCAAGACGGCGCCCUCAGACACGCCACCGGUGACUGCGGAAGAAACGACACCAAUGUGAUAAACACUCUCUCCCUUCGUUGUUGGCGUGUCACCUUCUUCCACUGAGGCCUUGUCGCUUGAUGUUCCCUCCUCGGAUGCGCCAGACUUGACCAUCUUCUCGUAAUCCUCACUUCGCUCCCUCUGCAGUACAACAGAAACCGAAAAUUUCGGCGCCUCGUGUCAGCCUGCUUGCAUAUGUGUUACCUCGUCCGCCCAGUCUCCCACGUAGUCUGAGAGGUAGUCGGGCUCCUUUUUUUCUUCGCUAGGCUCCUGCACCGGAUCGGGCAGCUCAGAUGGGUUCUUGCCGACGGGACCUGCAGCCAAGCGCAAGGCAGGUGGGCAAUGAGCCUCGGUGUGCCUGUCCUUUCUGUCCCUUACCAAGCAUGACGGCCCACUGACGGUCCUCGUCAGUCUGACAGACACGACACAUACAAGUGAGGACGCAUCACUGAAAUUGACUGUUCAUCUAUUGGCAUUCCCAUCAUCCCCCUACCGAUGGCACGUCCUUGAGGUUCAUCUCGGCGACCACCUUGGCAGCAGAGUCUGUCUUGAGCUGCUGUCGGCCGCGCACGGCCAGCUGCUCGUAGUAGUUGAAGUCGUCUGUCGGGAUCAGGAAUUUCUGAAAUGAGAGGUAACCAUCGCGAGUCAAGAAGAGAUCGACGACGCAUGCGCGAGCACAGAUGGCAGUUCUGUGUGCGUACCACUCUGGUUGCCUUCUUCCCCUUGGCCUCGGCGUCAGGCGAGAGUUUGCCCGUCUCGAUUUCAGCUGCAAGAAGGGAGAAGGUCACGCUGUGCUGGGCUGCGCGCGUGUGGUGUGUCUGAUCUUACGUCCUGAGUCCCACUCUCCGAGCAGCUUCUCUUCAACCAUUUCCGUCAUGUCCUCAAUGUCCUGCGCGCAGAGGCAUUCGUGCAGCCAGAUAGAUGUGAGCUGUCCCGUUUCUUGUCAUCUCACUCUCAUGUCUUGUGGUGUUUCAUCAUCCACCCCCUCUCCCUUUGGUGGCCAUUGGCUGCCACUCGUUCGCAAAAUGUCACCGGCAAGACCCGACCCUGAGAACCAUCGGAUGCAGAGAAGCAAGCAACAUCGGUCAGCGUUGUCUCGUGCACGUCCAGUCCAGUGUUCGUUCCCACCUCGCUUCGCCGGUGGUGGCGCGUAGUAGUGUGCCCUCGUCAGGCCGUUGCGAAAGGACUACACCAAGCACAGCAAGCACACCAAGCACACGAGCUCUCACACACUGCAUAUGCACCCCGCGUGGCUUCUCCCAUUGUGUAUCUGUCUGCGUGUUCAUCAGCUGAAUGGUGCAAUCGACCCAGAUCUGCGGGCGCCUCUGAUCGCCCCUUCCUUCCGUUGUGUGCCAACCCCCCUCACGUGUGUCCAAGAUGACGGUGGAGCAUUGAAACAAAGGGCCGCGGGGACAACCAAAAGGAAUGCGAAGAGCGCCGGGUCGACGGUGACCAGCUUCAUUGUGCAGACCACACGCCCUGCGCAGCUGCGGCUGCCUUGCUGUAGAUGGAGAUGAUAGAUGCG